CAUCAUGAAAAAGAAAAGAGAGCAUGUUAUGGAAUGCAUGGACUAGAGCAAACCUGAACAGUUUAUGUUGAGGCAUAGUUUGAUUUGUUAGUUACUACUCUUUGUAUGUCUAUAUGUAAUUAAAGUAAUAGCAGAAAAAUUAAAUAAUAGUCUCCUCCCAACAACACAGUUCAGCACCAGCUUUUCACCAGACAUUCAUCAAAAAGAGAAAAUGUAAACAUUACCCAAGUGCUGGCACAAAGUAACAAAGGGUGUGUGUAUAUAUAUUUUAAUCAUGACAUCUUUUGAAAUAGUUUUAACUAGGGCUGUCAGCGUUAACGCGUUAUAAUUAUAAUUAUAAUUAUGUAAUACAAUUUAAUGCAUUUAAUGCAAGAAACUUACGGAAGCAUGUCAAAUUGCAUCAUAACAUAAUUUACGUCAUGCAGUUAGAUGAUCUUAAAGUCCUUAAAAAUCUUAAAGUGAUUAUAUCAGAGAUGGCAGAGAGAAUUAUUCAUUCCAGUGUCUGUUCCGCUUUAAAACAUGAACUCUCUGUGAUAUUCUGUCAUUGUAUCUGAAGAGCGCAAGCCCUCCCGCAUCGCGCUGUUCCUGUCUGAACGGAACGUCGAAGCAUCCCACCGCUGUAAGGCCAGAUGAUAUGAAAACUAUGUUUCUCGGCUGGAUAAAGCUAACGAGCUUCUUGCUAUGAAAGUUUUGAUGGAUGAGAAUUGCAAAUUAAAGUAAAGACGAUUGUGGUGACGUACAGGAGUCGCACAUUAAGCACACGUGAGUCCGUUAUAUUGAUGGGCAAACAAAUCAUGUAUGAGCGCUCUCGACACACUGAUCGCACAUUGUAUUUAUGCAGACACAUUUCGGUAUGUUCACGUUGUUUUCACACACAUUCAGGAUAAUGUUUGGAUUUGUCCUGUGUAUGUUGCUGUGUACUUUAGUAUAUAUGCAGGUCAAGGUGGUUGGUUUAGGUUUUUUUUUGGCAUCUCCAUGUGGUCCUGUUCAGUAUCGCAACUUGACUGAGGGUGCGCAAUUAAAAAAAAAAAAUUAAUCUAUUGACAGCCCUAGUUUUAACAUGUUAAUGAAUAUGGCAAUUAUCUACUUCUGUUGAUUAUUACUGCUGCUGCAGAGCAAGCAUGGACUUGUCAAUACAACAGACACGCUGCUUGGAUGGAUGGAUGUCAAAUCUCCUCAUUUUAUUCAAAAAUUACCCAUGGCUCUCAAUGACUAGAAGGACUAAACUAAACACUUUACAACAUGCCAAUGAUUUUCUUAUAAGCUUCCUUUGUUUAUUGGUGUCACAUUACUAAACCAAAUUAAAAUAAAAUAGUUUUUAAACAGCAAACAAUUCUUUGAGUAGUAACGAAACUGGAAAGAAACAAGUUCCCUUCUGUUAUUCUAAUAAGCAAGCAGUACUUGCAAAUUGACCGAUUAAAGAUUAAUCAUAAAUGUAUGAGCAUAAAUGUCCGUAGGUGUUGUGGCAGUGAGUCAGGGGAGACAGGUCACCAAUCUGAGGGAGUAAUUGAGAUCACAGUGGGGGAGGAAAAAUGCCAUGUGUUCCUCCAAUGAUUGAGGGAGAAAGGAUGCGUAAGAGACAGAGGACAAGCAAGAGAGUUCAAGCUCUCCCAGCUGUAAUUCUGUUUAAAAUGCACUCUACGCAAAACAUUGAUGUGUCGCCUCCCUCCUCCCCACAGCACUCUCUCUCUGCUUUAUGUGCCGUCUGCUGUUCUAAUCAGAUAGAAGAGCUUUUCUGUGCAGCGGUGUGGAUGUGGAGCUCUUUCUGAAGCAGACUUGAGCCAUGUUAAACAGAGAAAGCCACAGGUCACACUCUCUGAACGCUUCAGAGGGAUUCUGUCAGCAACAACAAGACGAUCUAUGAAGUGACUCUUCCCAUUUCUUACGAUUAUUCAAAAUCGUUGCAUGACGUCUCAAUCCAGCCUACAUCAUCAAACUGUGCGUGCAUGAGAAAGUCUUAACCUAAAAGACAAACUCAACAUGACUAUCACCGUUCAGAACGUCACCGCCACCUCUGCCAUCGUCAGCUGGCCGUCUUCUCCAGGCUGUGUGGACACAUUCUACAGCGUCAUGUAUCACCCUAACUGGAACAGCCUUCUGAUGGGUUACACACGCAAGAGUUUUCUGCGCGAGGACAGGGUUCCCGUGAGCCAGACGUCUACCAGUCUGGGCAACCUCAGUCCUCAGACCACAUACAUCCUCUGUGUCACCUGCCAGUCUGCAAAUCCCACCAGAGAGCAGUGCCAAGUCUUUAGUACCCUAGAUGAGGGCACUGAGCUCGGGGAGAGCAGCAGGGAGCUGGCAAUGGGAGUCUGGCUGGCCAGCAGCAUUCUCUUGCUGAUCAUUGCCGUGGCUCUGCUUUGGGGAUGUCUCCACACCAUGUGUCCAGCAAAAAGGAACCCAGAAAGAGGUAGCCAGCCAGGUCCGAACCCUCCACACCUGGCUCUGACCCCCAUGGGUGGGAACAUGAGAAGUGAAGGAAGAAAAAGUCUAUACAUGCCCGGUUGCGGCGAGGAGGACUUUCAGAAUGCAACAGUGAUCGAGAAUCCUUUUCGAGUCGAGCGUGGCAGAGAAAUGGCAAACGGGAGUCGUGAACUUCAAACAUCAAGUAAUAAACAAAGAUUUGGCCCCGAGUCAGAAUAACUGGGCUGGCAAAUUGUCACUGUGACAUACAGACCCUCAAAAUUGAAACUAUUAGAACCUACACAAUGAGGACCAUCACCGGGGUGGAAACCAGGCAGUUGGGCUAGGCUGACCGGGUUAAAUUAGCAUUUAAAUGUCAGAUAAAAACAUCAUUAACUAAUCAACCAGACUGAACAGAAUCAGCUGAAGGUUACACCUUAGGUUACACUGUAAUACUAUGGACUUUAAGGUACACAUAGUGUGUGUGUGUAUAUUAUAUAUAUAUAUAUAUAUAUACACACACACACACACACACACAUAUAUAGCUUUAAAUGCAUAUGUUUUUUUUUGUUUUUUUUUUGCAUUUUAUGUCUCUGUGAGUUGAUAGUCUCUGUUUGUGCAUUUAUUGAUAUCCUCUGCUUGAAAUGUAUCUUGCUUACCUAUCUAUCUUGCUUAAUAAAAAAUAUUUCCCUGUAUGUUAUGGUUUGUGACAGGCAUAUUGUAACUGCAUGUGAAAGUUGGAGAUGUAACUGAUCUAGGUGUGAUAUUUAAACUCAUUCAA